GCAGGCAGGGCAGGCAGGCAGGGAGGCAGGGAAGGCAGGCAGGGCAGGCAGGGAGGCAGGGAAGGCAGGCAGGGCAGGCAGGCAGCACCAGGCAGCACCAGGCAGCACCAGGCAGCGCAGGCAGCGGCCGCCUGCCCGCACCCGCCGGCCCAGCCGCAGCGCAGCCCGCGGCCCGCCGAGGAGGGACUGGGGUGGGGGAAAGGAUGCUUUUCCUGGGGAUCUUCUCUCGCUUCUUUUUUUUAAUCAAUUAAAGAAAAUAAUGCUUUCUGUUUGCCACCAGGCCCCGCCUGCCAUUGGCCAGGGGUGUCCACGUGACCAGGAAUUGGCUGCAAUUUCGCCCCAGUCUCGAGUUUAAUAGAGCAAGGUCCCCAUACGCCUGUAUUAUCAGCAAUAUAACAAUUAUAAAAAGCCCGAGAACCAUCAUCAUCACUGCCAUAAAAACUGAGGCCCUCAGAUUUCUCUCCCUCUUCCCCUCCUCCUCCCUCCCCCCCUCCCGCUUUUUAAACCCGGGCCCUGGAAAAGCCAUGAAUUUUGAAUUUGAGAGGGAGAUCGGGUUUAUAAAUAGCCAGCCUUCGCUCGCAGAGUGCCUGACGUCUCUUCCCGCUGUCCUGGAGACAUUUCAAACUUCAUCAAUCAAGGACUCGACAUUAAUUCCUCCUCCUUUUGAGCAAACCGUCCUCAGCCUGAAUCCUUGUUCCGGCAGCCAGGCAAGACCGAGGAGCCAAAAAAGAGCAUCUCAUGGCCUGCUCCAAGCCCAGCCGCCGGUGCAGCCCGGCCCCUUGGCAGCGGAAUUCCCCUGGAUGAAGGAGAAGAAAUCGUCCAAGAAAGCUACCCAGGCUCCAGCCUCUUCUUCAUCCUCUUCCCCCCCAUCAUCUUCCUCGGUGCCGGUGCCUGCCGCAGGAUCUCCUGCAGACACCCAGGGGCUCGCCGACAGCAGCGGCUCGCGGAGGCUCCGCACAGCCUACACCAACACGCAGCUGCUGGAGCUGGAGAAGGAAUUCCACUUCAACAAAUACCUCUGCAGGCCGCGGCGCGUCGAGAUCGCCGCGCUGCUCGACCUCACCGAGAGGCAGGUGAAGGUCUGGUUCCAGAACCGGCGGAUGAAGCACAAGAGGCAAACCCAGCACAAGGAGCCCCCCGACGGGGACCCCGCCUGCCCCAGCCUGGACGAGGGCAGCGACCCCGCGGACGAGCCCGAGGAGAGCCCCGCUUUCGGCCGAGCCCCGGAGCCGCGGGGGCCUCUCCCCGCCGACGAGCGGGGCGGCGCGGGGGCCGGGAGCCCGCGGGGCGGCGAGGCCGGGGCGGCCGCGGGGGAGCGGGGCGCCGGCGGCCCCACGGCCCGCGCCUACGCCGAGGGGCCGCGCUCGCCUUUGUUGCCAGACCUGAGCAUCCUCUCGGCAGACGCCUGCCUGCAGCUCUCGGAGGGGCUUUGCCCCAGCCUCCAGGGCUCCUUGGAGAGCCCCGUCCACUUCUCCGAGGAAGACCUGGACUUUUUUACCAGCGCACUUUGUACUAUAGAUCUGCAGCACCUAAAUUUCCAGUAGCGAUCUCCACUCGCCGCUCGCCGCGCCGCUCCUGCCCCUUCCCGGCAAACCCACGCACAGCCCCUCCCGAGCCGCAGCCGGCCGCCCCCAGCCCCCCUUAGCAGGGGCACCCUAAAAGCGGCCCAAGCCAUGAGUCAUUCACUCAGCCCAUCCCGUCCCCCGGACAUUUUCUGUUAAAACUCUCCACAUCGUGGGGCCGAAUCACCCUACCAAUAUUUAUUCUAACAGACCCACAUAAAAGAACACCCUAAUUUUUACUCAGUUCAGGUAUUUAAUUAUAGUUCUUUUGUCUUAUGUAUUUUUAAAGAAAGCGCCCAGUCGUCCUCAUGCACAUCAGAGAUAUCACGCCAAGAGAAAACAUUUGUAAAUCCUUCAAGUGAAUUUCUCAGGAAUCAGAACGAGACUUUUAGAUUUCUUAAUAAAAUUAAAAAAUAGAGGAAAUUUCUUUCCUCUUUUUAAGUUUUAGAGGUAGACUAUUUAUUCAAAUCCUUUAAUAGUAAAUGGCAAAUUAUUUAUUGUAUAUUAUUUUCAUAGCGUAAAUAAAUGUCUUUAUAAAAUCAAGAA